AUGAAAGACUGUAGUGCGGCGAUGAAGGAUGGUAAAGGCCGGGAUGGCAAGCUUCGGGUCGAGCGCCAUGCCGUGCUUGCGAAUCCCGAAGCUCUCGAAGACCAAGACCAUUCAGAUGAAAAUGGCCCACCCCCGGAAACGAUAGAGGCUGAUGAGGUUUUGCAUACCACAAGGGCUAAUGUAUAUGUCUUUGCUUUCUCUUUAGACCUGCUCUCGGAUUUGGCUGACGAUGUUGAGGACAUCGAUCUGGUUAAUUGCCGUAUAUCGUCUCUUCCAGCACUUCAUCUAGAACGAUUCACGCAUCUGGAGAACCAAAUAUCUCAAAUCAAUUUUCCAGAAAACCUCGGCCCAACCCUUACCGAUUUAGAUCUCUACGACAAUUUGAUCACGCGUAUUAAAGGACUAGAUGCCCUCACAAAGCUCACCAACCUGGAUAUUAGUUUCAACAAAAUCAAACAUAUCAAGAAUAUCUCGCACUUGGUACACUUGAAGGACCUAUACUUUGUGCAGAAUCGAAUACAAAAGAUUGAGGGGUUGGAUGGACUGAAGGCGUUGAGAAAUUUGGAGCUUGCGGCCAAUAGGAUUAGGGAGAUUGAGAAUCUGGAUGACCUCACUGCUCUAGAAGAACUGUGGUUAGGAAAGAAUAAGAUCACCGAAAUCAAGAACAUCGAUGCCCUUACCAACCUGAAAAUCAUCUCUCUCCCUUCAAACCGCCUGACAACCAUCUCUGGCCUCUCAAAUCUCCAUAAUCUCGAAGAGCUCUAUGUCUCUCACAAUGCUCUCACCGCUAUAUCCGGUCUAGAAAAUAACGCCAACCUCCGCGUCCUCGACAUCUCCAGCAAUCAAAUAAGUAAACUAGAAAAUAUUUCGCAUCUCUCCCAUCUCGAAGAGUUCUGGGCUUCCAACAACCAGCUUGCUAGCUUCGAUGAAGUCGAGCGGGAAUCCUUUGCAAACGGCCUCAUCGGUGCUCUAUAG